GUCUUCUUGGUCAAUAAUCAGUUACCGGGCACCACCGAACUUCCCAAUCCUACCCACCACACAUGCGUCCAGCCCUUGUGCGCGAGAUUGACAGCAGUAACGCACCAUAUUCUUCUGGCUGCAUCGACAAGUUUUAUUUAUCUCUUUGGGCGCCCUCGCCAUUAUUAUCCUCCCGGUCGCAACGCCUGCCGACAGCAAAACCGCCCGCUCGCGGAACCCGUCGAGUUCAAUUUUGCGCGACCCUACUUUCUCGACCACAACCGCUCACGGCGUCAUUGGCACAAUAUUUAGCGAUUUAUUAUCAACCUAGCUACAUGGUCUACGAUGGCCACAGGUGAUACCGCGCCGCCUUUGGCACUGUCGAGCCCGCCCCCGCCCUUGCUGGACAACAGCCCCAGCAGCGUCUCGAGCCCCCUUAGCGAGCCCGAAGAUAAAGACGGAUAUGGCGACGAGGUGGAUCUAGAUAUGCGUGACCUCAGCGACGGCCGCAACACCCCGAGUCGAAAUGGGGCCCAAGGCGACCCGGACUCUGACGCCGCCUCAGAGUCAGACGACGAGAGCAAGCUCUCAGAGGUGGACGUUAAUGAUUCAGAGGCCGAGACAGAACGGCUCUACGACACGCCACCAAAGAAUGGCGCGACACGCGACAUCUUGAACACGACUGGUGAGGGAAAUCGGCGAUUCACUGACCUCCGAGACCGAAUUUUCGAACGAAGCCCGAGUAAGCUACACCAACAGCUGCGUGCCGACAUUGAGACAGGAGAUGCGACUAGCAGUCGCAAUUCUGUUUCCGAAGGAGAGGACGGAGAGGAUGACGACCUGUCAAUACCCUCUAGCGAACCUGAGGUCGAGUCGGUCAAGGAGCCUCGGCUCCGAGCCGCCACACUGGCAAAGAAGAACCAGGCCGCCCCCUCCAACGACGCGCCCACCUCACACCCAAGGAAAAACUCAGCCGACUCUAGGAAACGGAAACGCCCGUCUGUGACCGAGCACUCGGAAUCCGAGCAGCCGCUGAAGAAGCGGACUGGUUCGGCUAGCGCGGGCGACCGGGAGUCUGCCGACGACGUUGCCAUGAUUGACGACGACGGGAUCUCUACAAAUCCACAAAGCGGAAACCACACUGCAGAAGAGGAUAAUGAGGAAGUAGUCGCUACGACGGAGACCAAGGAGGAGCCCCCCGACGCGGGCGAUGAAGACCUUGUCGUGUCAACCAGGUCCCGGAAAGGGAAGCGCAGUCCGACGAAGAAGCAAAAGAGCAAAAGCCCCGGGGAGACUACAACGAAGGAGGAAGCGCCAGAUGAACCUCCAGAAGACGCCGACGGGCAGAGUCCCGAGGUGCCCACACCGCAAGCCGAGGAUGACCACGCCGACGAAGUCGACGAGGAGGCAGAAGCAGCACACCGCAACGAGGAAGAGCUGGAACGGAAAAAAGCAGCCUGGGAGGAGCUAAUAGGAAUCGAGAAGCAGUUUAGCAGCUUCCGAGAACGUCUCUAUCAGGAACGACUGGAGCAGCUUAACCAGGAAGAGGCCAUGCUCACGAGCGACAACCCGACGCACCCCGAAUAUCUCGCGAUGCUCCAGUGCCUCGAGGAGCGGCGGGCAGAGAAGAUCAGGAGGAGCAACCUUGAGUUGCAAUUCAAGUUGUCGGUCCUCCGACACCGAGCUGUUGCGGAGCGUGCGCAGAUCAUGUCGCAGUUCUACCAGGCUGUGCGCGAAUCGAGAGACGAGACGGUGACAGAGCUGGGCGAAGAGUGGUACCAGAUUCAACAAGAGCGCCGGCGGGCGGCAAACACAAUACCAGACUAUGGGAUUCGGUUCCCUGCUACGAGAGCACAAGCUGUCAGAAACGCGGUUUCGUAUAACAAGGAAGUUUCAGUCCUUUCCGGCUUCGCGAAGCACGUCGGCUUCCCCGCGGCGCCGUCUAUUAAUGGCGCUUCCGAAGAACAACUGGAGGCGGAUCUGGAAGCUAUUCAGAGCAUCCGGGAGCCAAUGCCGAGGCAGACGUCAAACCAGGCACCCUCUUUCCGACCGGAAUACCCGGGCGGUCUCGCCUCGUUCGUACAAGGGCUCGGUGCCGCCGGCGAGCAGUUCAUUGAACAAACGCCGUGGGCAAACCCGAACCACCCAUCUCACCGGGCGCAGCAGCCACAAGCGCCCCGCGACAAUAGUUUCCAGCCCACGUUUGCCGGUCCGUCGUCAGUGCCGAAAAGGCAUUCAAACCAACCCGGAGGCUUGUUCUCGUCAAGCACGACCACUAUCCUUAACGGCGACUCCCCGGUACAGGUGCCAAAGACUCAGUCGCCAGUGGUGCCCGAGCCCUCUCUGAAGGGGAAAAUAGGCCCCGAGGCGCCCAGGCGAGAGUCUGCCAUUCAUGCAUCUUGAUUUUUUUUUUCUCGUUUCAUUCAUCUUUAGCACGUCGCUGGAGGGCAAGCGGUCACCAUCGCCAGAUAUCAACGGAGUUUAGCGCGCAUUGGGGAACCCCAUGGGACAUUGUACCAUGCGGCUGAGCAUUUCCGCCGCGAUUUGCGUUUUUCUUUUUCUGCCUUUUCGGACUGGGCAUUUGACGUGGCAAGGAAGGAUACGGUCUGCGUUCUCGGGUCGACUAAUGUCGCAUAGAUGAGGUAUGUGUAUGGAUGAGGAUGUGUACAAACUGAAGCGGGUUUUGUCCAUCGCGGGGUUGUAUUUGGCCGGGGUUGUGGUGCUUCUUUGGAUCCGUAGGACCCAACGCGAGGGAUACCAGGUGUUUUUGUUGUUCGAGUCGUUACCCGGGCUAGAUGCGCGGGGGAAGCCGUCGA